AUGGCUUCGUCUCUCUUACUGGGUGUCUACAUACUUGCUGAGAUUGGGACCAGUUGGGGCCAAGGUGUCUCGAAAGCUCUCGAUGAAGUGCCCUGGAAAACAAACAAUGAAAGGGUUAACAACCUUGUUCUCGCCUUGGCCCCCGAAGAAAAAGUAUCUUUGGUGCAUGAAACUAGCUGGAUGGGAAGCCAAGACUUUGCCGGGUAUAUCAACGCGGUUCCCAGAUUAGGGAUACCGGCUCUUCAGAUGACUGAUGGCGAAGCUGGUGUCAAUGGGGUCUUAAAUGCGACUGCUAUCCCCAGUCAGCUGAAUAUCGCAGCAUCAUUUUCUCGGGAGCUUGCUUACAUUGCCGCCGUCAUUGGUGGAAGCGAGGCGCGCCUAUUGAACGCCUCCGUGCUUCUAGCUCCUCGUGUGAAUAUUCUUCGCGACCCAUUCAAAGGCUCCUUCUGGCAAGGUUAUUCAGAAGACCCUUACCUAAAUGGACAGUUAGGUGCACAGGGAGUUCGAGGAAUUCAAGACCAAGGAACUCUGGCGAACUCAAAGCAAACAGGCCCAAGUAGCACUGGAGCUAGCUCCGGUGACACGAACUCCCAAGUUGAUCUCCAAGUUCUGCACGAGGUCUACUGGGCUCCUCACCAAGAGCUUAUCGACGCUGGUGUAGCAACCAUUAUGUGCUCUUACGCUCAAGUAAAUGGUAUCCCAGCCUGUCAGUAUGAUGAACUUCUCAACCUCACCCUUCGCGGAGAUUACAACUUCUCUGGUGCCGUGAUGAGUGACUGGACAGCAACACACUCUACUGCACCCUCUAUAAUUGCCGGACUGGACUGGGAGAUGGGCGCCAACACCUACUAUUCCCAGCCUCUAUACGACCAGAUCUAUGUUUACAGAAAUCUAUCCGAGACCUACCUUGACAGAGCUGUCCACCACAUUCUGUCGGUCUACGACCGCUUCGGUAUUUUAGAUGGCAACGGCGCCCAAGGAAACUCCACUGCAUUGAUGCUGACCUCGGAAAGCCUACCUAUUGAGGUCGUCAAGGCUGGACAAGAAGCCUCGUACGAUAUCGCCGUUAGAUCGGGUGUCCUUCUGAAGAACGACGGUACCCUGCCUCUCGAAGAGCGCUCCAGCAUCGCUAUACUUGGUGCGACGGGACUGCAAUUGACAAAUGGUGCCGGGUUCGCUGAAAGAGCCUUCGGCUUUCAGGAGCGGAAGGUUCCGCCAAUUGACGCACUAAAAAAAGCAUCCAAAGACCUUCGUAUAUCAUCAGCAGUUGGCGUCGACAUGCACGGCAUCCUUGUACCAAAUUCUGCUCUGAGAACCGUCAAUGGCAAGCCCGGGAUAGUUCGCAAUGAUUCAAUGGAACGGACCAAUGUCGAUGCUGUCAUCAACUUCCAGGGUGAGACCGCUCUUCCAGGGAAUACUAGCUUUACCUGGACAGGUGACCUCAUCGCGCCAACCAGUGGGUACUACCGCCUUGCUCUGCAGCGGCGAUUCCCCGGCCCAGGAGGACCGAUUAAUAGUUCUGAUUUUCGCAUCUUCUCCCACGACAGUUUCACUGUUGAUGAUGAUACAGUCGAUGGAUACCGUAUUUUCGGUGACGGAGGAACUCGUCCGUGGAGCUCGCCGCUGCCAACUACUGACUUCUGGGACGAAACGGGGACGGACGUUUACCUCGCAGCUGGUGCGCACAACUUGAGUAUCAGCGCACAGAGUUUGUUCGGCAACGCGCUUGAGAUAAGGUUUCACUGGGUCACGCCGGAGCAACGCGAGAAGAAUAUCCAGAAGGCUGUUCAGAUCGCAUCUUCAGUUGACGUACCAAUUGUUUUUGCACAUGCCGACAGCCCGGCUCAGGUUGGAAUGCAGCUGAUAGAAGGUUUUGACAAUCUCAUUGAACGUGUGGCUGCAGUGAACCCCAAAACGGUGGUUGUGUUGCACAACGCUGAUCCAGUCUUGAUGCCAUGGCUCAAAAAGGUCUCUGCCGUUCUGUGGAUGGGCCACCCUGGACAGGAAGGUGGAGCUGCCAUCGCCGACCUCCUUCUCGGCCGGCACAGCCCCCAAGGCAGGCUUCCCGUCACAUAUCCCCUCUCGGUAAAUAGCAGUAUGACGCGAAAUCCUGAAUACCCGAGCCGAGUCGAUGGAGCAAAUGGCACAGCUGUUUUCUCCGAGGGCAUCAAUACCUCUUACCGUUGGUAUUUGAGUACGAACACCCCCGUUCUCUUCCCCUUUGGCUUUGGACUGUCAUAUACAACUUUUGAUUACAGUGACUUCGAGAUCUUGCCGACAACAGAGUCUACCUUUGAUGUCUCCUUCACGUUGAGGAACACUGGAUCAGUAGCUGGAGGAGAUGUACCGCAGUUGUACAUUGGGCCACCUUCCAACGCAGCGCGGGCAUAUCCUGGAAUUCAGUUCGCUGUAUCGACCCUUGCCGGAUUUGAUUCCAUAGAGUUGCGUCCAGGUACUUUGAGGAGAGUCACCUUCCCCAUUUCCCAGAAGCAGUUGAGCUUUUGGAAUCAGACGGACAGAUCUUGGGUGCUGUCUGAAGGGAUACGGGAGGUGUGGAUUGGAACGGAUGCGCAAAAUCCGGUGUUAAAAGGAACCGUUGAGAUUUAG